GCCGGGCCGCGCCGAUGGCCUCGGGGUGGCCGCGGCGACGGCCCGAGAGCCACGAUGCGGGCGCAGCACUCUGUCCUCCCUCCGCGGCCCGCGUCGUCUCCUCGCCGGCGCGUGGGAGGCGGUGGUCCUGGCGCUGGUGGCGUCGGUGGGUCCCUCGGAAGCGGCCGAUCUCGCCCAGUGGCCGCAGCCGGGUCAGCCGAAGGGUGCCGGCGCCUCCGUGCCCGGCCCCGCCCGCCAGCAAGGGAGCCGGGAAGCCGGUGCUGCUGAGGCCGGCUCGGCCCCCCGCGGGACGGUACCUCUGGGCUGGGGUUUCCCGGGCCGGGCCGGGCCGGGCCGGGCCGGGCGGGUCUGGGAGCAUGCACAGAGCUGCCCAGGCCACCCUUCCCUGUCCCCUCCUCCCGCCACUGUCACAACGCCCGCCAUCCUUCGAAGUGCCCGUACCAGCGACGGCCUGUGCGCGUAGCAGCAGGAGCAUGCCGGUCCUCCCAUCACCAGCCGCCCCCCCCCCCCUCACUGUGUCCCUCCCUGCCUCCCUUGGGCCCUGGGCUGUGACCUACCUGAGGUUCCCCGGCUGUGCAGCUGUGCGGUGUAGCCUGUGGCACUCCUCCCGCUGGGGCCGACUCGGGAUUUUAUUGAGGGGAACGGGAUUGUAGGGUCCCCAGAUCCUUCCCCUGAGACAGUGUGAGGGGGUGGGGUCAUCUGUCUCCUGUCGGAUAAGGGGUCUGCUAGGCUGGAAGGACACGAUCUGCUUCCAGGAGAGGAUCUUCUCUGCUGCUGCUGGCUGGGGCGUCAACGUGAUGAGCAGAACCAAACCUUGAGGGAGGUGUUUCCCAUGCCAGGGGCCCUCCGGAGUCCCAGUGGUCCCCCAACCCUGCUGAGCAGAAAACCCGUUCUGGCACAUUCGCCAACAUUGUCCUUUUCUACCUAAUGACUUUGUCUUCUCCCCGCCACCCACCCCAGUCCUUGUGCAGGUGACGAAGCCCAGACAAGUGGAACAGCGUUUCCUGCUCAGACCACAAAGCAGGGUUGGCCAAGAAACUGAAUGGCAGACACGAGGCAAACCUGCAGUCUGGUUAUCGACCCUCGUAGAAGAAAGAGAAAGGGCCAGGCCAGAGGGGGACAUCCAGCCUCCCUCGUGAAUUAAUCCGGACCCAAUGAACAGGGCGACCCUCUGUCACCCGUCGGGUUGGCAGAGCUGGAACAGGGUGACGGUGCUCAGGGCUGACAGUGGAGGAGGGAGGACGUGGAACCCUUGCCCGUGGUUGGUGGGGCGUACACAGGGGAGCCUUUGGGGAAGGUGGUCCGCCGGCCCGUACAUCAGCAUCUCAGGUGCGCAUGCCGUGACCCUGGCCACCUUCUAAACAGGUCCUCUGCCCGCGAGUGUCCGUUGUGACGUCCUCUGUGGUGGCAGAAAGUACACGGCAGCCUGGGAGUCUCCAUCAGUAAGGGAAGAGUCAGCAGAUGGAGGGACAGCCAGCAACGGGAAGCCACACAGGCAGUGAAGAAGGUGAUAGAUGACGAUGUCCAGGCAUGGAGGAAUGUGCUGGAUGUGCCCCGGCUGGAGAAAUCAUUGCGCGCCCUGCAGAGAUGUCCGGGACGGAGCUUACACCUACCUCUGAAUUAGUUUGCCGCGGUGGUGGGAGCAGACUCCCACAGACUGGGUGGCUUAAAGAGCAGAAAGGAAUGGUCUCCCGUUUCUGGGGGCUGGAAGUUCGAGCUCUAGGCGUCAGCUAUUUUCGCCUCUUCUGAGAGCUGGGAGAGAAUGUGUUCCGUCCCUCCCCUGCAGCUUCUCGUGGUUUCCUGGCCAUCUUUGGCCUCCCCUAGCUGGUAGGAUCGCUGCCUGCCUCUUCACAUGCCUGUCCCUGAACUUCACCCUUUUAUAAGGACACCAGUCAUACUGGGUGAGGGUCUGCCGAGCUGAGCUCAUUUGAACUCAAAGGGUCUGUAAAGACCUUUUCUUUAUAUGGAAGGUUACGUUCUGAGGGACUGGGGAUUGAGGCUUCCAACGUGCGAAUUUGGCGGGGACGUGAUGAGCAACCCAUAAGGACGUAUAAAGGCCCUGAGGGAGGGAUGCACUGGGCCUGCUCCAGGGAUGGAAGGAAGGCCUUUGUGGCUGCAGGGUGCCGUCUCCACCCUCCUGCGCGAGCUCACCAGAGACUCCGUCCGAUGGACAGGUCGUCUUGAGCACCGGCCCCUUCCUUUGGGCCCGUCAGCUGACCGUGUAGUGGUAGAAGGAAGGAGCCAAGGCUCUCUGCUCCCCCACCAGGCCAGGGACUGGGAAGACGGCGCGUGGAGGAAGCUGCUGGCCGAGAGGCUUGGGAUGAGCCCCGCUCAGAUUCAGGCCUUGCUUCGGGAAGGGGAGAAGUAUGGCCGCGGUGUGAUAGCAGGGCUUAUUGACGUUGGGGAAACUUUGCUGUGCCCAGAAGACUUAGCUUCUGAGGAGGUCGUGGAACUGGAAAAUCAAGCUGUCCUGAGCAGCCUGAAGCAGAAGUACCUCACCGUGCUUUCGAACCCCAGGUGGUUGCUGGAGCCCAUCCCCAGGAAAGGCGGGAAGGACAUCUUCCAGCAGCCCUGGCCUGUCUCGCUGAAAGCGGGAGUUGCGGUAGAGCUGAAAUGAGAUUCAUCAUUUUAGACAUUCUGGAAGGAAAGAGCCGUGUCCCCUGCUGCCCCCGCCGUCGCCACCACCACGGCCACCACUGUCCCUACUGCCAUCACUGCCCCCACCCCGACCACCGCGAGCAUCGCCGCAACCACCGCCUCCAUCGCUGCCACCACCGUCCCCCACCACUGCCACCACCACUCUCGCCCCCUCUACCCCCACCACCACCACUGUCCCCACCACCCCCACCAUCG